UAGAAAUGAUCACUGAAUGUAUCAACAUGAUCACGUCUCAGAAAUAGAACACUGAGUAAAAAAAGCAAACUGCAAGUUUUGGAGCCAGCCCUCCAGGAUCUCCUGGCCAAUCAAGAGGCCACACAUUGUUGCCUAAGAGACCCCGGAUGCCAGCGAAAAGAUUUAUAGACGGUGAUUGGACUACUGGAAAGGGUGGGGGCUAGACAGAGUCAAAGACACAGCAGCUAUGGCAACAACCAGCGCUAGAGGCUUGAAGAGAAAGACGAACUAAAAGAGACAGGUUUUGAGGCACUCUCUAUAUAAAUGAUGGAUGUUCUAAGAAAGGCUGCAGGGAAGUUACUGCUUAUGGAGACCACCUGCUCUGCGACUCUGCCUGACCUUUUUUUCUCUAAUAUCGGCAACAGCAGUUGAGGGUUUAGUUUUUCUUAUGGAACAAUAUCCAGCUAUUUCACGAUGGCAUUUGCACCUCCAAAAAACGUAGAUGGUCCCAAAAUGCAGACAAAGAUGAGUACUUGGACACCCCUAAACCAUCAGCUUUUGAAUGACCGGGUAUUUGAAGAAAGAAGAGCCCUGCUUGGAAAAUGGUUUGACAAAUGGACAGACUCUCAAAGGAGAAGAAUCCUGACAGGCCUGUUAGAACGCUGCUCCCUGUCACAGCAAAAGUUCUGCUGUCGAAAGCUUCAGGAAAAAAUUCCGGCAGAAGCGCUGGAUUUUACUACCAAGCUUCCUAGGGUGUUAUCUUUAUACAUCUUUUCUUUCCUGGACCCCCGAAGCCUUUGUCGUUGUGCACAGGUGAGCUGGCAUUGGAAGAACUUAACUGAACUGGAUCAGCUCUGGAUGCUCAAAUGUUUACGGUUUAACUGGUACAUCAAUUUCUCUCCGACUCGCUUUGAGCAGGGUAUAUGGAAGAAGCACUAUAUUCAAAUGGUGAAAGAGCUCCCCGUUACCAAGCCCAAGACACCUCCAAAAGAUGGGUUUGUGAUCGCAGACGUUCAGCCAAUUACAAGCAGUUCUCUGGAGGCAAAGCCGUCUCCUUCAUUAGCUUUCCGGUCCUCUUCCUCUUUAAGAAAGAAGAACCACCCAGGGGAGAAAGAACUCCCACCCUGGCGAUCCUCCGACAAGCAUCCAACUGAUAUCAUUCGCUUCAAUUACCUGGACAACUGUGACCCCAACGAGCAAAGCUGGCAAGGAAGAAGGAAAAGACAUGAAAUGACCCCGGAGGUCAGCCGACAGUCACGUGAUAAGAAAAAGAAAUUGCAGGACAGAUCUAAACUAAGAAAAGCACAUUCACUGAUUUCCCUGAGUGCAGAGCUCAGCUCCCCUCUGCAGGUUUCAGCCCAUCCUGCCUGGCCUCCUCCUCAGUCAGUGGGGCUCCCAGCCACCGAAGCAGCAACAAAAACUCUCAUGCAGCAUCUCCAGAGACACUCCAGGCUUCAAGCAUUACCCCAGGCCUUAUAGGCGAAGAUGAUUUAAAGAUGUGAAAGGACUUCUCUAGAAAUGACAUGACACAAUGCAGGUUGGAAAGUUGGAUGUUCCUUGGUUCCUCUGUUAGAAACAGUCUAGGUACCUCAUUGUGCAAAUGAUACAGUGUUUCAGUAAAAAGUAUUCAUG